AUGACCGAGACAGCACCCGGCGAAACGGCUCCUGCAGCCGCACCCGCCGCCGCAAAGAAGAGUCCCAAGAAGAAGGCGGCCGGCCGGAGCAAACCAGCCGGUCCCAAGCUGGGCGAACAAAUCGAUAAGAUUGUGGCGGAUUGUCGCGAUAGGAAGGGUAUGUCCGCUGUGGCCAUCAUGAAGGCUCUGACCAGCAGCGGUGUCGAUGUGGGGAAACGUCGCGCCCAGAUCAGGAUGUGCAUCAGGAAGAGAGUGGAAAGCGGCUCCCUGGUUCAGACCAAGGGCGCGGGUCUUUCGGGAUCCUUUAAAUCCGGUCAAGGAAAAAGUGCCGUGAAAGUGAUGAAGAAAGCGAACGAGCCAUCGGCAAAGAAAUCUCCCGGCAAGAAGUCUGGCGCCAAGAAACCAGCGGCUAAGAAAGCGGCAGCGAAGAAACCAGCGGCGCCGAAGCCAAAGAGCCCAAGAAACUCGCAGCCCUGA